AAUGGAAAUACAAAUUGAUCUUAUUUAAUUGUGCUCCUUCAAUAGCAAACAAGUUAACACCAACACAUUCACAAGUGAUUAUCAUAAAACAAGUUUCUGAUGUUGUACAGUCGACUGGUGGUAAUUAAAUGUUUUGGUUGCAUAAAAGGACAUGCAAUCAGUCAAGUUGGACAUUCACCUAUAAAGUACUGAAGUGAAAGUGUCAGAACAGUGAGCAAAAUGAAGAAAUAUUUAAGAAGUAAUACACCACCUAAAGAAGAUCCGGUUGAAUUCGACCCAAUGUGCGAUAAGGAGAAUCCUCAAAAGAUUUCCUUUGAAGAUGUCUCAGCGGCUGCCUUUAGGAUACAAAGCGGGAUUGUAAAAACGCCAUGCGUGAAAUCUCACAUGUCCUUAGAGUAUGGAAUGGACAUUUACCUAAAAAAUGACUUUCUUCAGCAUACAGGAAGCUUUAAGGAGCGGGGAGCUCGCAACGCAUUGGUCCUCCUUCCCUCAGAAGCGAGGCAGCGCGGAGUCAUCUCCGCAUCCCUCGGCAACCACUCGCAAGCCCUCAGCUACCACGCGAACCUCCUCAACAUCCCCGCCACAGUCGUCAUGCCGAACGUUGCCCCCAUUAUGAAGAUCCAGAAAUGCCGCUCGUACGGGGCUAACGUAGUCAUACAUGGACAUGAUAUGAGGGAAGCGAAGCAUGAAGCUAUGGUGUUGGCUAAGGAGAGGAAUCUCACUUACAUCAAUGGAUACGAUCACCCCCACAUCAUGGCUGGACAAGGAACUGUGGGUCUGGAGAUAGUAGAGCAGGUGCCUGACGUCGACGCUGUGUUGGUACCCGUGGGAGGCGGCGGGCUGCUGGCAGGCACAGCCACCGCCAUCAAACAUCUGAAGCCUCACGUUCUUAUUUACGGCGUGGAAUCGGAAAAGUGCGCGAGUAUGACCGAGGCGCUAAACAACGGACAACCUGAGAUUGUACAUAUUCACUCAACGCUGGCGGACGGUCUCGCCGUGCCCACCGUCGGCUACAAUGCUUACCACACUUCCAAGUCGCUGGUCGACAAAGUGAUAUCCCUGCCUGAGGACUGGAUCGCUCGAGCCAUCUUGCGCCUUGUGGAGCAGGAGAAGUUCGUGGUGGAAGGCGGCGGCGCGGUCGGGAUCGCGGCCAUCAUGGCCGGCCUGGUGCCCGAGCUCGCUGGGAAAAAAGUGGUCUGCAUCUUAUCCGGGGGCAACAUCGACACCACAAUCCUAGGCCGGUGCCUGGAGCGGGGUCUGGCGGCGGAGUCCCGCCUGGUCAAGUUCAAGGUCACGGUCAGCGACCGGCCUGGGGGCAUCGCCGAGCUGUGCAAGGUCAUAUCCUCGACGGGGGUCUCUAUUAAGGACAUCAUGCAGGAGAGGGCGUGGGUGUGCGGAGACAUCUUCAGUGUGAGAGUAAAAGUAGUUUGCGAGACUCGAGGCCCCGAGCACACGGAAGAGCUGCGCAGUCUAAUCGCGCGCACCUACCGCGAAUGGGUGUUCACGCGCGAGACUGGGGACUACUGCCAUACGCUCAAGAAUUACGACUCCCUUGACAACGUCUCGCACUAAUUUACGAGGCAAGGGAGAGUGGAACUUUUGUGACUUGUUCUUAGUUUAGGGAAUGAAAAAGACACCAUUAUGUCCACUGUACUCGUAUUCCACACAAUCGGAUUACACCAACAAGCUACGCAAUCAACAAUCCGCAGAUACCGCGAGUGGAUGUAGGUACACAAGCGAGGCCGAAGACCUCAAGAACUCCCGAGUGUUACAAUCUAAUGGAGAAUGGGCACUUGUGUUGUGACUUCUAGUAGGGAAUAGAAAAAGACACCAUUAUAAUAUUUCUCGGAGUUCACCGUAAAGCUAAGCUACAAGCUAAAGCUACAAUGUGCGGACUGCCCGAUUCGAACUUUAAGAAACGUCAAUUAAUAGAUCUACAACCGAUAUGGAUUAGAUGUGUCAGUGUCAAAAGUGACGUUUUUGUUUGAAGAAACGUCACAUUUGACGCUUCUAUUAAUUGACGUAUCUUAAAGUUCGAAUCGGGCCGACAUCGCGCGCACUUACGGCCAAUGGGUGUUCCACGAGAGACCCUAUAUAUAGGUACAAGCUACGAGCUACGCGCCAAAGAGAAUAUAAUCACUACGAACGUAGCCAAUAGCACGGUUUUUCCCGUUUGUAGCGAAAAGCACCAACGAACAAAGAACCCGUCUAGCGGGUUGCUGACAGUGAAUGUGUUAACAAAUCAGUCUUCUACUGAAUAAUACAAUAGAAAAAGAUGCACAAAAAAGUUGGUCACUAGAUAGGGUCUCCUAUUGGCAGGUGGCUUUCUUUCUCUCCCAUUUCAAAAAUCCACCUUAUGAUUU